AUGGCAUUCAAAUUCUUCGUCAUCUUGGCAUUAGCUGCUCUCGCUGCUGCCGGUCCCCUUGAUUUUCAUCAUCAUCACGAAGAUGAGCAUCAUGCUCCAGCUCACUAUGAAUUCAAAUAUGAUGUGCACGAUAGCCAUACCGGAGACAUCAAGUCGCAACACGAAACACGCCACGACGACAAAGUCGAGGGACACUACACCUUAGUUGAGCCUGAUGGUCAUCGUCGUACCGUUCACUACACCGCCAACGAUCAUGAUGGCUUCAACGCUAAGGUUGACCGUGAAUAUGUCGGCGGAGAACAACAUCAUAUCCCCAGAAUUGCUCCUAAAUACCCUUCCUUCCACGAUGAUCACGAUAUCCGCAGUAAAAUAAUUUAUAAUUAG